CUGCUGAUACCUUUAGCCUCACAUGUGACCUGACCUCUAUGUGGCAGUGCAGACAUUGUGUAACCAGAGAGAUUAGCAGGUACAAAUUACUGAAACAUUAUAAACUACAUCAUCAUUAUGGGAGAGGCCAACAAUAUCAAUGCAUAUAUGUAAAUUGUCCUUGCACAUUCAGAACGUGGACUGGACUCCGAACCCAUGUCUAUAAAGCUCAUUCAUUCCAACCUACACAGACUGCGUUGAAUUCAGUAACAUUUAAAUGUGAGGUAUGCGGACGUAGUGACCUCUCUACUGAGAGGGAUUUUUUUGUUCACAUUGGGACACAUCUGCGAAGUUGUGAGACGGUUGGUUGUGUUUUUCUUGGAUGCUCUUUCCAAACCAAUAUUAAUAGUACAUUUAACACUCACAAAAAGAGAAAGCAUCAUCCACACACACUGCAAGAUUUUAAAACCAGUGUGAUUAAGUUUGUGAACCCCGUUGAAGGACCGGUUGCCUCUGACGGUGUUGGGACUGGCUAUCCAGCUGAUGUGUCAUUUGAUGAAGUUGAGGCUGAGACAGUGACAGUAAAGGAAAUUGGAGCUGUGGAAAAUCUGCCAGAAGUUAUUGAGCGGAAAAUAGCAGCAAUAUUGUUAAAAUUAGAACAUAUAUUUCAUAUUCCUGCAAAAGGUGUGGAUGAGUUACUGGAAGAGUUGCAUUUUCUAAGUUCAGCUAGUGUACCUGUCACAAAGCAUACAAUUACAGAAAUCUUCAAGAGCCAUAACCUCAAUAUUGGUCCGGCAGUUGUCGAAGAACUUGCUAAUUCUGUAUUCGUCUCUAACCCUGUCUCUAAAAGUUUUGAAAGGUCUGGCCCUCUUGCCACAUCCUAUAAAAGAAAAAAAUAUUACAAGGUUCAUUUUAGAGUUGUUGAAGCGACCGAGUAUAUUUUAUCUGUGGAACAAAGGAGGUCAUUUCAAUAUGUCCCAUUAUUACAGUUAUUGCAGGAAGUACUGAGUCACAAUAAAAUAGUGAAUAAAGUGAUUGAAGAACACACAGCUCAAAUAAAUAGAGAAGCUUUGCAUGGUGAUCAACGAGUUUACAGGUCUUUUCGAGAUGGUGAAAAUUACAAAACAAAUAGCUUUCUAGCUGUUGAUGAGUUGAGAUUUUCCAUAAAACUUUACAUCGACGAAUUUGAGGUUUGUAAUCCUCUUGGGACCUCUCGCAAAAAGCACAAGCUUUGUGGGGUGUAUUGGGUUUUGGACAAUUUGCCGCCUGGCUCUCAUUCUGCUCUCUCAUCAAUUUAUUUAGCUGUUCUUUGUAAAAGUGACGAUUUGAGGAAAUUCGGUUUCAAAGAAGUUUUGGAUCCACUUUUGAAAGAUCUGGUAAUUCUGGAGGAGCAUGGUUUGUUCAUCAGUCAAUUGAAUAAGUGUAUCAAAGGCACUGUGAGUUGCGUAAUAGCUGAUAACCUAGGUGCCCAUGGCCUGGCAGGUUUUGUAGAAAGUUUCUCUGGUGAAUACAUCUGUAGAUUCUGUACAGCUAAGAAAACAGAAAUUCAGUCAUUGACAGCUGGUCGUUUUGAGCGCAGAACGCUGGAACUUCAUGAUGCACACUUAAAGUGUGCACUGGAAAAGGCAAGUGCAUACUGUGGUGUUAAACGUGAAUGUGUUCUGAGCAAGGCUCUGUCACAUUUUCAUCUUACUGCAGGUUAUCCUCCAGAUCUUGCCCAUGAUCUUUUUGAGGGCAUUAUACCUGUAGAGCUAGCUCAUUGUUUUUCUCUUUUGAUUUCAAAAAAGUAUUUCACUUUAGAAAAACUUAACAAUUUGAUCAAAACUUUUGAAUAUAAAUGGGCAGAUAAAACAAAUCGUCCUGCUGCAAUACCACAGACUUUCUCGGUAAAAAAAAGCAUUGGUGGAAAUGCACACGAGAAUUGGGCUCUGCUUCGAUUGUUGCCUCUGAUCAUUGGUCCACUUGUUCCGGAGGAUGAACCUGUAUGGCAUGUUGUUUUGGAUCUAAAGGACAUAGUGGAGCUUGUUGUAGCCCCUGUCCACUCUGAUGAGUCAAUAGCUUACCUCGAGUUCAAAAUUGAUGAACAUCGCCUGAGAUACCAAGACCUUUUUCCCAACAACCGUCUUCUCCCUAAACAUCAUUUUUUGGAGCACUAUCCUGCUCUGAUUCGCCAAUUUGGCCCUCUUGUCCAUGCAUGGACUAUGAGAUUCGAGGCAAAACAUAGUGUCUUCAAACAGAUUGCUCGCCAUACCAACUGUUUCAAAAACAUAUCUCUCACUCUUGCAAGAAAACAUCAGCUUGCAAUUGCCUCUGACUUGCACUGUCUUCACCAUAGGACACCUUUGUCGGUAACAAGUGUCUCAUCAGUACCCGUGGAUGUUUUGCAAGGUGACAUUGCAGCUGCUAUUAAGCAAAGAUUACCAGAUGAGACUGAUGUCCACAUUACAAACUUUGCUUCAUACAAUGGAAUGAAUUACAACAAAGGAAUGAUUCUUGUCCAUGGGCAAUUAUUUGGUCUGCCCGAGUUAGCUGAAAUUCUGCAGAUUUGUAUUUUGCAAGGCAAGAUACAUUUUAUUGUAAAAAAGUUCUCUAGUUGGUAUAGAGAGCAUUUUCGAGCUUUUGAAUUGGACACGUCACAUGUGAGAGAGGUGGCUCUGAUUGAGCAUGGGGAACUACUCGAUGACUACCCGUUAGCUGCCUAUUCAGUGGGAUGCCUGCGUCUGGUUUCUCUGAAGAGACACACUAACUUGCACGGAUAAUGGGAGUAAUGUUUGUAAGUAUUCACACCCACAAUCAACCCAAUCAUGUUCUCAUCAUAGACUGUUAUCUUCAAGGUGAAGUCAAAAUCAAUACAUUUCUUCUCACCUUCCCUGUAUUUGCCAAACAAAAAGACGAGCCUUCUCCAUAAGCUGACUUAAACUUUCAUUUUGUGAAGUCUGGUUUAGUGGUUUCCUAAUGUUGGGAUUUUAUUGAUGGUGUUUACAUUUACAUUUAGGGCAUUUAGCAGACGCUUUUAUCCAAAGCGACUUACAUUGGUUAACACACAUUGACACACCGACGGCAGAGUUAACCAUGCAAGGCGAC